AUGACCAGCGUCUGCCUCGUCCUCAUCAGUGCCACCUUCUGGCUAUCAGCUGUUCUCUCCUGCUGUGACCAGUCGCUGGAGCAGCGCUCUGUACACACACACAUCAUCAAAACCCAACAGGAGAAAGACCUGAUCGAGGCUCUGCAGGUGGUUCUUGAGAAAUUAAAGAACAAACAGUUACCAAACACCACCAAGAAGUUCGGCCAGCUUCCCUCUUGUGAUGCGGGUGAGCAGUGUGCAGCACGGAAGGGGGCGAGGGUGGGCAAACUGUGUGGCUGCCCCCCCGGGACCACCUGCGACUUCUUCAUCAUGAAGUGUCUCUGAGGAGAACAGUCCGAAACAUCAAGUGUACUUCUGUGCUGCUUCCCUGUGAAGUGUACACUC